AUGACCAUGACAUUAGACUCUACACAUCAACGAUUUGGACCCUUGAACUUGGACCACAUGCCUCCCUACCCGACUUCCUCGUCCACCGCCGGCCCCCAAUUCUCCAAUCCUUGGGGUCCCACGUCCUCGGCGCCGAGCAGCCACCCGCUCUAUGUCAAUGGCAAUCAAAGCCUUCAUCAUCCCAGCUUGGGCCUCGACAGGUCACACGCCACCCGCGCAAGCACGAGCAGCAGCGCUUCCAUGGGCUCCUACGGUCAGAUUCCUGUAACCGCCGCAUCAACAGACGUUCUCGGCAUCGACCGCAUGCACCCUACCUCUGCUUCCCACUACAGUGAUGCCGCCAGCAGCUACGCAUCCUCCGCAUCACCCGUCAACGCCUCAUACACGGCCUCCCCAGCCCCAUACGAGUCCAUGGGCUACGCCCCCGCGCCUGUGAGAUCGGCUUUUGCCCUCCCCCCCGAACAGGAUCACGCGAGGAGGUUUUCUCAGUCGAACCCGUUGACUGACUUUGAUCGCAGGGCCCUGCACGACGACAGGAGGAGUUUCGCCGACGCCAUUGAUGCGAGCCACGGCAUGCUAGCCAUGAGCCAGGAGACGCCCCGAAAUAUCUAUGGGACUCGGAACGAGAGGGGUUCUGGUGACUCGUAUGGAUUCCCGGCUACGCACUCUACCAGCUCUUCGGUCUCUUCUUCCGGCGGCGCUUUCGCCAAUUAUUACGGCGCAGAUUCCGUUAGUGACUAUUCGACUUCGGAUAUCGAGUCCGUCACUUCUCGUACCCUGCCCCGGCCGCACGGGUUGCUCAACCAGGCACCUCCAGCUCCACAGUCAAUGAUGGGCCAGUUCAGCUCCAAGAUAUCAUCUAGCACACAGAAGAAGCACAAGUGCAAAGUCUGCGAUAAACGAUUCACCCGCCCGUCAUCUCUCCAGACGCACAUGUACAGCCACACUGGCGAGAAGCCGUUUGCCUGCGAGGUUGAGGGCUGUGGCCGACACUUCUCGGUCGUUUCCAACCUCCGCCGCCACAAAAAGGUACAUAAAGGGGAUGCGAGAUCAGAGGCAGGUUCCGAGGACCAUCAUUCUGAAUGA